GAUUAUUCAUUUUGUAUAUCUGUCUGACACGCAUGCGGGAUACACGCUGUUGUGUUGCUUAGCUAGGAAUAAACAUGAAUGUCUUAAGCAAGGCUGGAUGUUAAAAUGUCAAAAAAGGACGAAAACAUUAUAUUUUCUAAUAGUCACAACAGAAUUGUUAGCAAGCAGGGAAGUUACAGGGUGAAACUAGAAACUACGAGGAAAACUAUUUUAAAACAUUACUUGAGAGAUACAUUUACUACUCUAGUGGACGCUAAAUGGCGAUGGUCAAUAUUAUUGUUUGUAAGUGGAUUUUUAUUGACAUGGAUUACUUUUGCCAUAAUUUAUCUCGCACUUGCUCGUAGUCAUGGUGACUUAGAAAAUGAAGAUGAAGAAGUCUGUGUGGAAAAUGUUUAUGAUUUUACUUCUGCACUAUUAUUUUCAGUUGAAACACAGCAUACAAUUGGAUAUGGUUAUAGACAUGUGACCACAGACUGUCCCCAUGCUGUAUUGGUAGUAUUUAUUCAAUUCAUUCUUGGUAUAGGAGUGCAAUGUUUAACAGCAGCGAUCGUCUUUUCAAAGCUAAUCCGCUCGAAGAGGCGAGGGGACUCCGUUGUAUUUAGCCAAAAAGCUUGUUUGGCUGUCGUUGAUGGACAAUGGCGUUUGAUGGUAAGAGUAGCAGACUUUCGAAAAUCAAAGCUCGUUGGUGUAAAGGCCAAAGGAAUACUGAUAAAGCGUUCUGUGGUUAACAGCAAACACCACCUUGAACAAACAUUCAUUGAUUUCGUAUCAGAAGGAGGAAGUGAUACUUUGACACUGUUAUGGCCAGCUGUCAUCUAUCAUACAAUAAACAAAGAUAGUCCAUUGUGGCCACCAUUGACACUACGAAGGUUAGGGGGAUAUUCUGAAAUCGUAGUGAGUCUGGACGGUGUUAUCGAGAGUACGAGUCGAGUUGUUCAGACAAGAACAUCAUAUAUCCCCGAAGAGAUUCAUUAUGGGUAUAAAUUCCAAAAUAUAUGCCCCCAGAUAACAGAAGAGGGGAAAUAUCAAUGUAGUUACUUUGAAAUUAACACAGUUUCUCCAGUGGUAACCCCACAAUUAAGAAAAAGAAUAUCUGUAACGUCAGUAUCUUCAAAGGAAUCAAUGUACUAGACUUUUUUUUAUAUAAGUGAAUCAGAAGAUGGAUGUUCAGUACAUACAGAUCUACUUAGUGACAUCAUCCAUUGAAGAAAGAAAUAAACCAAGAUAACAUGAGAUUUCCCAUGUUCUUGCGUGAAAUAUCUGCACAUAUUCUUUUACUACCAGUUAUGUAAGAAAACGACACUUCGCCUGCAGCAGAAUACCAUUUAGACAUGUUAAAGUACGUUUUUAUGAACUUCGACGUAAUUUGUGUGCAGUGAGCUACGUUAGCUUGUACAUUGUUAUUACUUUCUAUGACAAGAGUAUUGAAUUCAAAUAGAAAUAAUUAUAUAAUUAUCUUUCAUAAUCAUAACAUGAAAAUGUUUAUGUUUGGUGUGAAGAAACAUGUUCUUAUUUUGUUUAUGCAUGUCCAUCAUAUUGUCAACAAAUAGAAGUCAUAAAUGAUGACAGA